CCCCUUCAGCACCCAGGUCUCAUCCCAGCCCCAGCAUGAUUGUCUGGGAGGAGAUUUGGCCAAGCAAGGGCGGAGGUGGAGGAAUCCUGGCAGGGCUGGGUAGCCCAGAUGCCAGGGACCUGGCAGGGAGUAACCAGACUGGCAGCAAGUCAGAGCAGAAGGAGCUGUCCCAGGUGUCUCAGCUCAGCUCCUCGCUCGGAAGAUGGGAAGCCCCAGAACCAUCCUGCUCUGCCUCUUUGGGGCUGUGCUCUGUCUGACAGGUGCCCAGACCUCUACCUCCUCAGAGUCCCAAGCGUUGCAAUGCUACAGCUUUGAACACAUCUACUCAGGCCCCUUUGACCUCAGUGGCAAGCAGCUCCCCACAGUCUCCUGUUCCGGCCGAUGCUUUGAGGCUGUCAGUUCCCUCAGCACGGGGUAUCGCGCCUCUGUGACGCUGGUAAAGAAGGGCUGCUGGACGGGCUCGCCUGGCGGCCAGAUGGAAGCGAACCAAGACUCGCUGCCACCUGACUUCUCGCUGGUGCGCGGCUGCACCACCGACCGGUGCAACGUCGACAUCAUGAACCACGACAGCAUCCCCAACCUGAGCCCAGCGCCCGACCCGCCGUUGCUCAGCGGCACCGAGUGUUACGCCUGCGUGGGGAUCUUACCGGAGGACUGCGCUCCCAACAAGUCCCGGCGGGUCCAAUGUCACCAGAAGGAGAGCGUCUGCUUCCAGGGCAAUGGCCGAAUGACCAUUGGCAAUUUCUCAGUCCCUGUAUACAUCAGAACCUGCCACCGGCCCUCCUGCACCAUCGUGGGCACCACCAGCCCCUGGUCGGACAUCGACCUCCACGGCUCCUGCUGCCAGGGCAACCUCUGUAACCGGGACUCGGUGUUUGAGCUCUUCACUGCUGCGGCCGCCCCUCCUCAGGCAUCUCACUCUGUGGUCCUGCUCCUCACGCUUCCCCUCCUGGUGGGCGCUCUGGGAGGACCCCUUGGGCUCUCCUCAUAGACAGCCCCUCCAGUAGCUUCCUCAGCAGGAGGCUGGGAAUGGGGGUACAGGUCCCUCUCUCCUCAUUGCUCUGGCCCUGGAACAGCUCAUUUGAAAAUGAUGUCAAGAGUUGUGCUCCUGUCUCUCUGGCGUUGACCCUCCAACUCUCUCUGUCCCUCCUACUUCCCUAGCCCAGCCCUGCCUCUACCUGGUCAGCAGGCCUGGGAGAAAGUGGGCAAGGUCACCAGUGGCCUAGG